CUGGAAAUGAGCGCACACACAGCUCCGGAUUUCUUACAACCCUUGUAGCGCUCCAUCCCCAAUAGCAGAGAUGAGCUUCAUUCAUUCCUGUUUCCUUGUCUUCUUGCUGUUUCUGGGAGUGGAUGCCAGAGAAAAGCGUCAGUCAGCAGCCGUCACAGCCCUAACAAAUGAAAUUGACAGCCAAGCAGCCUUCCUCAAAAGCGCGUGCUAUAACAAACCGAUGGAUUUGGUGUUCAUCAUCGAUAGUUCUCGUAGUGUACGUCCUGCUGACUUUGAGAAAGUGAAGGAAUUUCUUAUCACCAUGUUGAAAUUCUUAGACAUCGGCCCGGACAACACCAGGGUCGGACUCCUACAGUAUGGCAGCACCGUGAAAAAUGAAUUUUCUUUAAAGACGUACAAGAGGAAACCGGACAUUGAGCGAGCAGUGAAAAGAAUGAUGCAUUUGGCCACUGGCACCAUGACCGGACUGGCUAUCCAGUAUGCAAUGAACAUUGCCUUCUCUGAAGCUGAAGGGGUACGGCCCUUAAACCAAUACGUGCCUAGAAUUGCCAUGAUUGUAACAGACGGGAGGCCACAGGAUCCAGUAGCAGAAAUUGCAGCAAAGGCAAGGAACUCUGGGAUUCUCAUAUUUGCCAUUGGGGUUGGGCGAGUUGAUAUGAGCACUUUAAAAACCAUUGGGAGUCAACCGCAUAGCGAGCAUGUGUUUUUGGUGGCAAAUUUUAGCCAAAUUGAAACACUGACAUCUGUCUUCCAGAACAAACUAUGUGCCUCGCAUCUCUGUAGCACAGCCACACAUGGCUGUGAUCACUUUUGUAUCAAUACGCCAGGCUCUUACAUUUGUAGAUGCAAGCAAGGAUACGUUCUGAAUCCCGACGAGAAGACAUGCAGCACUCAGGACCUAUGUGCCACGGAGAAACAUGGCUGUGAGCAAAUCUGUGUCAACACUCCAGGAUCGUAUUUCUGCCAGUGCUAUGAAGCCUAUGAAUUGGCCAGUGAUGGAAAAUCCUGUACUGUUACAGACUAUUGUGCCUUGGGUAAUCAUGGCUGCCAACAUGAAUGCAUUAAUGUUAAUGACUCCUAUGUCUGCGAGUGCCGUCCGGGGUUUAUUCUCCACCAAGAUAAGAAAACCUGCAGAAGACCAGACUACUGUGCCAUGUCCAACCAUGGCUGUCAGCAUGAGUGUGUGAAUAAUGAUGAUUCCUUUGUCUGUAAAUGUCGCAAUGGAUUUUCUCUGAAUCCUGACAAGAAAACUUGCAGAAAAAUCAACCACUGUGCUUUGGGCAGGAACGGAUGUCAGCACGAAUGCAUCAACACAGACAACUCAUUCAUAUGCAGAUGCCACAAAGGUUACUCUUUGAACCAGGAUGGGAGAACCUGCAGAAAAGUGGACCGCUGUGCUGAGACCAGCCAUGGAUGCCAGCAUAUUUGCAUGAAUACAGAUGACUCCUUUAUCUGUCAGUGCUAUGAAGGGUUUCUCCUAAAUGAAGACCUAAAAACCUGCAGGGUGGUGGACCACUGUGCCUUGAACAGCCACGACUGUGAGCACUUGUGUGUCAAUACUGAAGGCUCCUAUACUUGCCAUUGCUUUGAAGGCUAUGACCUCCGAGAUGAUAAAAAGACAUGUAAAAGCCGAGAUCUUUGCAAGUCACUUGACCAUGGCUGUGAGCAUAUCUGUGUGAGCAAUGAUAAUUCCUACCUCUGCAAAUGCUUGGAAGGAUACAGCUUAGGAGAAGAUGGUAAAAGCUGCAAAGGUGAAAAAAAAUGCGGGGAAGGGCCGGUUGAUUUGGUAUUUGUCAUUGAUGGAUCCAAAAGCCUCGGAGAGGACAACUUUGAGAUUGUAAAGCAGUUUGUUAAGGGGAUUUUAGAUUCCCUUGAAAUCUCACAAAAAGCUGCCCGCGUGGGGCUCAUACAGUAUUCCACUCACGUCCGCACGGAGUUCACAAUGGCACAAUACAGUUCGGCCAAGGACGUGAAAAAGGCUGUGUCUCAGAUCAAAUAUAUGGGCCGAGGCUCCAUGACUGGACUUGCCUUGAAGUUGAUGCAUGAGAAAAGCUUUUCGGAAGCGCAGGGUGCAAGAGCGCGGCCCAUGAGGGUCCCAAGAGUGGCGAUUGUGUUCACAGAUGGCCGAGCUCAGGAUGAAGUAUCAGAGUAUGCAGAAAAAGCCAAACAGAGCGGCAUUACCAUUUAUGCCAUUGGAAUAGGGAAGGCAAUAGAUGAAGAACUACAAGAGAUUGCGUCAGCGCCACAGGAGAAGCACGUGAUCUACGCAGAAGACUUCAGCGCAAUGGGGUACAUAAUGGAGAAGCUAAAAUCCAGCAUGUGCGAAGGAUGGAGUAAAACUCCUGACGUUUCUAAUCCAGAACUUUCUUCUGAGCUCAAGAGCGGGAACAGUGAAGUCACAGUGUCGUGUUCUAUGUCCACCAUAAAGCUGACUACACAAGGGGAAGGGGGAGUCACAGAGGAUCAGUGCAAGUGUAAGAAUAUCUUGGACUUUCAAAUCAGCACCACGGAAGAGGUCAAGAAGCUAAAGCAACAAUUGGAAACAGUAACACAACGACUGGAACGUCUGGAGAAGCGCAUGGGUCAGCAAUAAGAAUAAACUGGUUGAAACUUUAAAAUAAAAUAAAAAACGGAGCAGAACCAAUUUAACACAACCAAAGUCGGACUUUUCAGCACGACUCUCCAGACUGGAUCAGAGUUUCAUAAGGAGCAGAAAAUCUUAUUUUAUUUAUGGGUUGCGUGUCGGAAUCGAGGAAGAACUAGAACUAAGGAAUAUUCGGCGCCACUUCAUUGAACAGAAUUUUAAAGAUCAUUCGGAAAUUAAUCUGGAAAUUUUGUAAAUCAAAGAUUUUUAACCGUCUGUCUUGUAGUUUUAUAAGAUCUGAAUAAAUUGUCAAAUAUUUUUAAAAA